GAUUUUGACGAUCGUCAUAGUUAGAAUUCAAUUCGCAGAUUUUUGCAGCGGCAGGGAGUAGGCUAAGUGUAUAUCCAUGGAGAAAGCGAAGGAGUAUCUGAGCGUACCUGAGGAUGAGGCGGAGGCCGUGUCGCGACUCACCGUUCCGGCUCGCCCGCCUGGCAACUAUCCGAGCUACUACGAGAGCUUCACUCUGAGGGGCCUCAUAGUCGACCGAGUUGAACGCGGGCUCAUCGUCUGCACCUUCACUGUCCCCUCUCGCCUCGCUGAUCACAGUGGGAACUUGGCGACAGGAGCAAUUGCAAACCUGGUUGAUGAGAUCGGGUAUGCUGUGCUGCACGUCGAGGGUGUUCCAAUAUGCGUCUCAGUUAACAUGUCAAUCUCCUAUCUCUCGACUGCUAAGGCCGGUGAUAAAUUAGAGAUUACCUCAAAGGUCUUAGGACAAAGAGGGGCUUAUUCUGGAACAAUGGUUCUUUUGCGGAACAAAGAGAGUGGGGAGAUUAUUGCUGAAGGUCGACAUUCGUUGUUUAGCCCCCAUGCCAGCAAGCUUUGACUGUUGGAAGAUUUUGCACAGUAUCGCCGAAACAAUGUGCCCAUAAUAUCAACACUUUGAAUCCCUGAUUUAUCAAGAUAUCACUGCAAUGUAUAUCUGGCCUACCUCUUUGGGACCAGUGUAAGUUCGUGAUUGUAAUGAAACUAUUUCUUUAUGCCUGAAAGCAAGUUGUACCUUCA